UCAGCGCUCAGAGCCCCACGUGAUCGGCGCGCCAAGAUGGCGCUGUCCGGGGCCGCGGCCCGCGGGGCGCUCUGGCGCCUCGGCCCCGCCGCCCUGAGCGGCCUCCGGGGCCGGACGGAGCCGCGGCUCCUCCUGGGCGCCUCCAGCUCCCAGCUGUGCUCCCAGCUGCGCUCCCAGCUGCGCUUCCAGCUGCGCCCGCUCUCCUCCCGCGCCCUGGCGGCCGCCGUGGCCUCGGCUGCGCGGCGGGUGAACGAUCGCUACGAGCGGUGCCUGCAGAGGAGCUUCCCCGGCUUCUACCUGCUGCACAGCACCUUCAAAAACGGGAUCCAGGCUCUUUUCCUGGAGGUGAAGGAGAUCAGGAGGAUCAGAGCCAAGAUGUCCCAGCAGAGGCUGAGCACCCAGCAGCUGCCCUACAGGGAGAUGGAGAGGCUGCGCCAGUUCCGCAGGGACGUGCUCAAGGCCCUUCCCAUCGGGAUCAUCGCCAUCCCCCCCUUUGCCAACUUCCUGGUCAUUGUCCUGAUGUACCUGUUCCCCAGGCAGCUGCUGAUCCGGCACUUCUGGACGCCCCGGCAGCAGCAGCAGUUCCUGGAGGCCGACGGGCGGCGGCGCCGGGGCCGCUACCCCGGGGUGCUGCGGGGGCUGGCGCUGGCAGCGGGGGCCCUGCCCGGGCAGGGGGGGCAGGAGCAGCUGCAGCGGCUCUGUGACCAGCUCUGUCACCAGGUGCAGGGGGGUGCCCAUCCCCAGCUGGCCCAGCUCUUGGCUCUCAGGGGUUUGUUCUCUGGCUCGGUGCUGGCCCUCAGCAGGCUCCCAGCGCAUCACGUGCGGGCCCUGAGCCGGGUGCUGUUCCUCACCCCGUACCUGCCGGCCGCGCUGCUGCGGCCCCGCCUGCUGCAGCACGUGCUGGAGAUCCAGCAGCUGGACCGGGCCCUGCAGCAGCUGGGGCUGGGGCAGCUCUCGGGGGAGGAGCUGCGAGCGGCCUGUUACCUGCGUGGCCUGAGCUGCUCUCACCUGAGCCAGGCUGAGUGCAGAGCGUGGCUGGAGCAGUGGCUCAGACUCUCCUCUCAGCUCCAAGCUUCUGAAGCCUCCCUGCUGGCCCACAGCAUGGUCCUGCUGUCCCUCAACUACAGGCAGCCCCCAGAGUGACACCUGUGUCCCCUGGUGUCCCUGAGCUGUGUCCCUCGCCUCAGCCUCGUGCCCAAGCUGGAAUUCCAGCCUGGGGCUGCCAAAAAUCCCAGCUGGGCUGAACUGGGCUGGGCUGGGCUGAACUGGGCUGAACUGGGCUGGGCUGAGCUGGGCUGGGCUGAGCUGGGCUGGGCUGAGCUGGGCUGAGCUGGGCUGGGCUGAGCUGGGCUGGGCUGAACUGGGCUGGGCUGAACUGGGCUGGGCUGAACUGGGCUGGGCUGGGCUGGGCUGAACUGGGCUGAACUGGGCUGAGCUGGGCUGGGCUGAGCUGGGCUGGGCUGAACUGGGCUGAGCUGGGCUGGGCUGAGCUGGGCUGGGCUGAGCUGGGCUGGGCUGGGCUGAGCUGAGUUGCCUGUUCCCUUCUUUGCAGCCUUUGGAGUGCUCAGGCACAGGCAGCAGAGGAGGUUUUAUUGUUGCAGUAAUUAACUGUGCUCGUUAAUUAGGGGAGGGAGGAGCAGCCCCUGCCCUGGGGAUGUUCCACAUUCUGUUCUCUGCAUCCUCCUGGGGGUUCCCCUGGGUUUUCUCACUCCUUGCUGGAGGUUUUUCCUUUCUUUUCUUUACUGGACAGUCUGAAAUGUCACACCCUGCCCUGGGGGGUGGAGGAGCAGCCUCGAGUUCCCCCCAGAUCCUUCCUGAGAGUUUUGGGGGGUCUCUGGGGUUUGGGGGGUGCAGGGUUAAGUGGGGGCCCCCCAAAUUCAGCCUCUUUGUGGUUUUUUUUUUACUUUUUCUCCCCCUUCAUUUCCCACUUCAGGGACUUUAGGGGUUAAACCCCACUCCUGCACGAGGAAUUCCUGGCAAAGUGAAUUUACCCCAGAUGUGGGUGGUUGGUUAAAUCCCAAAGGAAUUGGGGGCUCCAGUGGCUUUGGGGGGGCACAGGGUGUGGGGACACCUGGAAAAUUCCCUUUUGAAGCUUUUUUGGGGUACAAAGGGGUAGGAGCCCCCCCCUUCCUCACCUUUUGUGGAGUUCAGAGCCCCCCUGAGGAAUUCAGCCCUUUUCAGCCACAACUCAAAUCCAAUUCAACCAUUUGUUUUCUUUUUCCAUUUACAUAUUCCCCUUAAAUACAGCAUUAUUCAGGAGAAAGAGGGAAAAAAUGGUAUCAAAGAGAAGCUUUGGAUUGACAAAAUUUGGGAAAAUAAAAAUGAAAAAUCCA